AUGUCAUUAUUCCAUGUCUCAAAACCUGCUUACAACCUUCCCUUCUUACAGUACACGCUGCUCAACUCCGCCAGAUCAAUCAGCGUCGUGACCGUGAGCCCGCCCUCUGAACUGGACGAUCCACUCAAAUGCGAGUUGAGAAGCAUGCAAAUGGGCACCUCGUCGGAGGAUACAGGAUCAUGCGAGGCGGUCUCAUAUGUUUGGGGCGUGAGACAUAGCGAACACCCGAUAGAAUAUAAUGGCUGCCAAGUUGACGUUAGGGAGAAUCACUUGAAGGCUUUGCGUCUUCUAGGUUAUCUUAAUCGUGAGCAUCUGCUCUGGAUAGAUGCUAUCUGUAUCAACCAGGCCAGCGUUCCGGGUAAAAGCGCCCAGGUAGCACUGAUGGAAGAUGUCUACAGACUCCACUAUCGUAGAAGCGUUUGUACAGGUACGAGUAAGUCUUCCUAUGAGAUACUCCACUCGUUGUUUCGACGAAAAGGAUGGGCCGCGUUUUUGCUCAGAGCUUCGCCUAACGCAAAGCUCUCAACACCACGACAAUGGCUUACGCCUUUUGCAUACAACCUUGCACAAGGAAAAGCGAAUGCCGCAUAA